CUGUUCUACCACCAAGCCCUACAGCUGCCGCCGUGCCGUCCCUUAGCGGCGUCACCGCCGGCGCCUCAAUCCCACCCCUCAUGCCCCUCGCCCCCACCCACCACGGCCUCUCACGCGCGCUGCCGCCAUCGCCGCUCCCGUUCUUCCUCGUCGGGACAUCGCGUUCCUGCCGUCUCCACCCCGUCCGCAGUUGAGUUUUGAGGUGCGCACCCGGCAGAACUUCUAGAUUCGCCCCCUCGGCGGCGCCCGACAUGUCGACGCCCUCCGACGGAGCCGCCCCCGCUGCCUCUACGUACUACGACGUCUUCGGUCCCGACGCUAAACCUGAUGUUAUUUUUAAGGAGGCCACGUCAGAUUCCACAUUGAAUUUGCAGGAUGUCCAGGGGCUAGUAACUUGGGUUAUUGGUGAAGGCAUGCCGCCUUCAUGGGUGUUUGUUAAAAACAAGCCUCUUAUCACAAAAGUUGUCCUUCUCUAUGUUCCUGGCCUCGAUGCAGCUUUAUACAUGUCUCAGUCACGCCUCCUUUCUUCUUUGAAAGAAUUGUGUGGCAAUCCAAAACCUGUUCUAGCUUCAAGCUGUAUACCAGAUGAAAGGCAUACCAUUGACGCACUCCUGACAUGCAGAGUAAAGCGAAAGCGGCAGUCACAAACAUCAAACCAGUCAAAUGAAUCUGAUGGAGGUAAAUUAUCGAGUCUGGCAGACCUAAAAGAUAUACCAUUUUCUGUUAAAUAUUACACACUUUCUAAAAAGGACUUGGAAGAUAAUGGCUACCCACUCAGUUUACCAGGUUUUGUCCCUACGGUUGCAGCUCCUUCAGGCUCUUCCCCAUACGAAAUCCUCGGACUUGAUUGUGAGAUGUGUGUGACAGCAGCUGGAUUUGAACUUACGAGAGUAACAUUAGUCGAUAUUAAAGGAGAGGUGAUACUGGAUAAACUAGUCAAGCCUACCAAUCCAAUCACUGAUUACAAUACAAGGUUUAGUGGAAUCACUGCUGAGAUGCUAUCCGAUGUGACAACAACCCUCCAGGAGAUUCAGGAAGAGUUUGUUGGGCUUGUGUACAAAGAAACUAUUCUUGUUGGGCAUUCUUUGGAAAAUGACCUUUUGGCAUUACGGAUAUCUCAUGACUUGGUCAUUGAUACUGCAGUUUUGUACAAAUAUAAUCGUGGCCCACGCUGCAAAAUUGCUUUACGUGUCCUGGCAAACAAAUAUCUUAGCCGGGUGAUCCAGAACACUGGGUCUGGGCAUGACAGUGUGGAAGAUGCAAGAGCUGCUCUGGAUCUUGCCUUUUUGAAAAUCAAAUAUGGUCCUGAUUUUGGCUCUCCACCAUCGUUUUCACGGAGAAAGUUGGCUUCCAUUCUGCAUGAAUGUGGGAAAAGGAGUUCACUCAUUGAUGAAGUGUUUGUUCUUGACCGCUAUUCAGAUGCUUCCAGCAAUUCAAUUGCAGUUUUCUCAGAUGAUAAUGCCCUCUCCAGAUCAAUGAAAGAGGUAAAGAAUGACAAAAUCAGCUUUGUCUGGACCCAGUUUUCAGGAUUGAUCUCUUAUCUACGUAAAAGAGCCGAAGAUCCUGUAAAAUUGAAAUCUUGUGUUGCAGAGGCUAUUGCAUUGAAAACAUGUGAUAGAAAAACUGCCCGGAAAAGAGCAAAACAAAUUUGUCCAGAGCUGAAGGGAAUUUUGAGUGAAUUGGACAAGAAAAUUAGAAAACUACAUGAUACACUGCCUGAAAAUGCAAUGUUCAUUAUAUGUACCGGUCAUGGGGAUACUCCUUUGGUACAAAGAUUAAAGAAAAUGCUCAACCACGGAGAAAAAACAGUCGAUAGCCGGGAAAAUAUUGUCCAUGCAUUGGAAGAUUUACAGGCCCAAGCAGAAGUUGCUCUAUGCUUCUGUUGUGUCAAGCAUUAGCUGUAAGCGACUUGACCUUUUCCCCCGCAUGUUCCGGAGAUAGAACUCGAUGCACCAUUCUGAGCUUGCACUGUUAACAACCAUUUUUCAAGAUUGAUGUAACUUACAAACACACCCUUCAGUAGUUGCAGCCUUGCUGGAAGGAUGGAUUCAGGUGUGCAUCCUGACUGACACUGUCACUUUUGAAGAUUGAUGAUGUACCUGCAAACGGCUUCUUUAAUUUUAUGAAGGAUGGAGUUAUGCAUGGAUUUGAUCCUAACCGACUGACAUGAAAACUUGAGGCUAAUCCAGGGAUUUAGCUUUGAAGCACGGCUUCGAAGGCGGGGGCAUGCCUUACGAUUUUUUUGGUGGGCUGGGAUGAUAAGUUGUACUGUAGAGUUUUUUGGUUGGCUGGGAUGGGAUGAUAAUUUAGUGGGCCCGGAUGGUAAUUAUUAAUUCUAGCAGUUUCGUCCCGCCAAGUUCAUAGCAUCCGCCGCCUGCAAGGAAGGGCAAGACAUUCUCGUAGGCACAAGCACCCGUGCCUUCUUCAGAAUAAUCUGCGGUAACGUUUAUGUAAUCAGCCCAUUUUGGUUUUUGUGGCACAAGAUUCGGGCUAACCAUUUUUUAUUUAAAUGCGGUCUUUUAA